CGGGGAAAGGGGAGGGUUGGAGGAAGGACGGAGAACUCAGGCCGAGGGCUUCACAGUGGAGGCUGGUGCGCCGCCCGGCGCUCUCCCUCCAUACUCAGUGCUCAGUAAUGGCCCGGGGGCGGGGCGCGGCCCUCCCCCGUUUUCAGAGGUAGCAGAGAUCCUCACCCAGGAGGUGUCAGCCCAGGCCCAGCCUCCCCAGAGACAGCACCCCGGAGCCACAUCUCUCUCCUCACUCUGCUUGGACCCUGCACAGGAACCCUGGAAGCCUGGCUGUGUGGGUUGGGGUAUGGCUGAGAUGACCCUGCAGGGACAUAGGACAGAGAGGUCCAGUGUCCCCAGAGACCAUUCCUCCUCUGCUGCCUCCAGCUGAUAAACCUCUUAUCUGGCACGAGCAGGGGAGCCCAGAGCCAGGAUAGGAGGAGAAGGCAGGGCUGCUAUCAGCCACCAGGCCUGGGCCAUAUCUCGGAGAAGGGGAGGGGCUGUCUGCUUGGCUCUUCCCACAACACACUCCUUGGGGAUCCCCAAGCACUUACUCUCAUCUUGAGAACAUGAGACAGAGGAGGAAAACUGAGGACAGAGGAGGAAAGCCAGAGUGAUCCCUGAUGUUGCCCCAGAACAAGGGAAAAAAACCAAACCAAAACAAACCAGAAGAUGUGACUUCUGCCCUGCCCAGCGAUACGGUUUUGGGGGAGUAAGAAGUAGGAGGAAGAGAAGGAGGCGUCUUGUCUGAAAAAGAAGGUGAAGCCCUACUGUGCUCCCAAAGGAACCAACUACUGCCACAGCAGGUUGCAGGGGGCUUUUGGGCUUUGGGGACCCUGGACCAGGCCCUGGCCCAGUAGGAUGCCCCCGUGUCCUCCCCAGCAGAGCAGGAACAGGGUGACACAGUUGCCCACUCUGGAGCUGGGCGAGAUGGAACUGACCUGGCAAGAGAUCAUGUCCAUCACUGAGCUGCAGGGACUAAAUGCUCCAAGUGAGACGUCGUUUGAGCCCCCUGCCCAGGCCCCAUACCCUGGACCCCCACCGCCCCCAACUUACUGCCCCUGCUCAAUCCACCCAGAUGCUGGCUUCUCCCUUCCUCCACCACCCUAUGAGCUCCCAGCACCCACAUCUCAUGUCCCAGACCCCUCAUACUCCUAUGGCAACAUGGCCAUACCAGUCUCCAAGCCACUGACUCUCUCCGGUCUGCUCAGUGAGCCCCUCUCAGAUCCUUUGGCUCUCCUGGACAUUGGGCUGCCAGGGGGGCCCCCCAAGCCUCAAGAAGACCCAGAAUCUGACUCAGGAUUAUCCCUCAACUAUAGCGAUGCUGAAUCUCUUGAGCUGGAGGGGACAGAGGCUGGCCGACGGCGCGGCGACUAUGUAGAGAUGUACCCGGUGGAGUACCCCUACUCACUUAUGCCCAAUUCCUUAGCCCACCCCAACUAUGCCUUGCCACCUGCAGAGACCCCCUUAGCCUUAGAACCCUCCUCAGGCCCUGUGCGGGCCAAGUCCACUGCACGGGGGGAGGCAGGGAGUCGGGAUGAGCGACGGGCCCUGGCCAUGAAGAUUCCCUUCCCGACGGACAAGAUUGUCAACUUGCCGGUAGAUGACUUUAAUGAGCUGUUGGCACGGUACCCACUGACGGAGAGCCAGCUGGCAUUGGUCCGGGACAUCCGACGGCGGGGUAAGAACAAGGUGGCCGCCCAGAACUGUCGCAAGAGAAAGUUGGAGACCAUCGUGCAGUUGGAGCGGGAACUGGAGAGGCUGGGCAGCGAGCGGGAGCGGCUCCUCCGGGCCAGAGGGGAGGCCGACCGGACCCUGGAGGUCAUGCGCCAACAGCUGACAGAGCUGUACUGUGACAUUUUCCAGCACCUGCGGGAUGAAGCCGGCAACAGCUACUCCCCUGAAGAGUAUGCUUUGCAACAGGCCGCUGAUGGGGCCAUCUUCCUGGUGCCCCGGGGGACCAAGAUGGAGGCCACAGACUGAGCUGGCCGAAGGGGUGGGACUGUGAUGGAGAUUUCCUUUAGUCCCUUCCGAUCAAGGUACUCCCCAACCCUGAGGCCCAGAAGGAACUGGGUUCUCUAGACCAGAAGGGGACAGUGAGAAACCUGGCGUUUGGAGGGUCCACAGCGUGUUCAGGAAGGCUUGCCUUGAGACAAGCACGUGAGGGCAGGGUUGGAAUCUCUUUGCCGUGAUUCAGCUUCCUGGGGCUCCAACCUCCUCCUCUUGUUUGAGCUUUGAUAUAUAAAGCGCUCUACACUAA